AUGGAGGCGGAAUCUCGAGGAGGGUCGUUCGCGGCCAAGGCGAGGGCGUACGCGAAGGCGGUGACGGCGAUGGCGAGCGUCGCCGCGCGCGGUGGCAGGGUGGACUUGACGUCGUUUCUCGGGACCCCGAUUCGAUGGUGCGCGAGAAUAUCUCUGCUGCGAACGGUGACGGACAGCGCGAGCUCGGUGUCGAGCGACGCGCCGUCGCGCACGGUGCGAUUUUUUGAGAUGUUGAGACGCGUCGACGCCGAGCGAGACGACGCGGUGACGCGCUUCGCGGGCGUCGCUCUGGCGAUGAUCGCGGAGAUCGAGCCGCCGGCGUCGCUGAAAAAGCCGCUCAAUCCAGUGCUGGGGGAAACGGCGAUUCAUUCGGUGGUUUUCCCGAACGAGCGAUUCGAGAGCGUUUGGGAACAAGUGUCGCAUCAUCCGCCGAUUUCGGCGCAUUGCACUCGCGGAUCGAACGUCCGCGUGGAGGGUGAGUUGCGACCGAAACCGCACCUCGUCGGCGCGCACAUCGAAGUCGAGCUCGAAGGCGAGGCGAGAAUUACGCUGAUCGAUCGCGACGAGACGUACGUGAGCGAUUUACCGUCGUUUGAGUGGCGAUUCGUCCCGAGGUGGCAUUCGCGAAUGACGCGCAAGCGAAAGUGGUCGAUUCGAUGCGAAAAGACGGGUUUACGAGGCGAAUUUACGUACGCCGCGAAGCGUGGUGUUCGCGGUGUCGUAUACAGUACCUGGAGCGGUGCCGCCGUCUGCGAGAUCGAUGGGCGAUACGACGGCAGCGUCGUCGCGAAGAAAAUUUCGAGUGGCGAAGCCGUCGCUCGUUACGAUUUGGAAGACGCGAAAAGGUUCCGAGGGCAAAUCGUUCGACACACGCACCUCGACGACGAACGAGACACCGAAGUCGUGUGGAAAGAGACGUUUAAAGCGAUGGAGGAGAAUCGAUGGGACGACGCGAAAAACGCGAAGAAGCGUGUCGAGGAAUCCGAAAGAGAAAAGCGACGCGAGCGAGAGGCGCGCGGCGAAACGUUUGAGCCUCGAUUCUUCACGCUCGACGAGCGACUCGGACGAUGGGUUCGCGACACUCGCGCGCAAGUGGUGCUCUAUUGA